AUGCUGUCAUGUUUUGGCAUUUGUAAAGACUCCGAAGAAGCAGAGCGCCAGCCUCUGCUGCCGCGUUACAAUGACGACACUAGCUUGCAGACGCGACUGCAUGAGAAGCUCCAUACAUACCAAAUGCUACGCGCUAUAGCUAAGGGUUAUAUGCCAAGCAAUGAGCAACUCAUCAUCCAUCUGCGAGCUCUUCUCUCCGCCCAAAUUUUGAACCCAGAAAGACAGGAAUUGAGCCCUUCAGGCCGAGCUCUUGUCAGAAGCAUCAAGCUAUGGAUCACCCAGUUCAUCGAGGUGUUGCAGCAUAAGAACAGCAAGGAUCAAAUUCAGGACUUUAUCUGGUACCUCACCAAGGCACGUCUGGAUGUUGAUGUCGCACAUAUCGAGCAGCGAGCUGCCAGAGCAAAGGUCCGAGCAGAUGCUGUGGCUACAUACAAGAGCUUGCAGACUAUAGGCUCCCUACUCCUGACCAACGCCGAUUUUCGAGUCUUUCUGUCUGAUCUCAGCACUGUGGGAAGAGAGGUACUGCGAGAUACCGCCUUUACCUUGUCCGAUGUCUCCAAGCAAGCGGGAGAGGCUAUCAAACCCUCAAAGGAAGAGGAAGAGGCCCUCAAGCAUACAAAUGGCAAUGGGAAAUCACCUGCUCCUCCUUCCGACCAGGAGCUUAAGAAUGAAGUUGCAGAUGUUGGCGAAACCGUCAAAGAUAGUGCUCUUGAGGUAGCUGAUGGAGCAGCACAGAGCAUCAAGGAGCACGUCAAAGGAGAUGAAGGCGAUGCCCUUGUCAAGCGACUCAAGAACACCGUCUUGAAUCUUCGAAAGAGAACAGACUAUAAGGAGUCUGUUUCGACUAUUUCGCUACUUAUCCGACGUUAUCUUCUUGCAUACUCACAUGCCGCUACCGCGACAGUUGAAGCAAUUGAGGAGGACACCCAGCCCAACCCCGAAGCUGACAAGGCCGUCCACAACUUCUGGCUGUUCAUCACUUCUCUCGGCAAGCGAGAGCAUUGGGACAACGUCAAGAAGUCCUUCGAAGCUGUCGUCGAUGAUGGAAAGACCGACCCAAACUUUGACGAGCUUGUGAAGCAGAUCGGCAACAUGGUACAAGACAUGCUUAGCGAUCCUGACUUUUUCGACAAUAUCGAGGAGAGAUUCCAAACCUUGCGCAAGAAGUCCAACGAAUUGACGGCCAAGUCAUCCAUUCGUGAUGAUCUCGAUGCCUUGUUGUCCAGCCUUUAUGCUGCUUUUCGAUCAAUCCUGGAUGAUCAGGAUAUCAAGAAGCUCAUCCACACGACCGAGAGAGUUGCGCUUCUCCUGUCCCCUGCUGGGGAGUACGCUAACAGUGAUCUGGUCACCGACACCAUCAAUAUUUUUGUUCCCCUUCUCAUCCAAGCUAUCCAGUACAUACCCAUCCCCCGUGUCGAAGUAUCGGCCCCUGCUAUCGAUCUUUUGCUCGAGAACCUUAUCCUUGAGCCUGGUCGAACAGUCAAUGCCAGCUCAUUUUUGCCUUUCCAGCUCAACGUCUCAAGCUACAACGAUAUCCAAGUAAAGAAAGCACGUUUUGGAACACAGUCUACCAUGACAUCAAUGAUGAAGGUCACUGUGUCUGGUCUAUCUAUCGCGGCUGAUGACUUGGGAUACUGGUUCCGUCUACACUCUGGUAUUCUUCGAAUGGUCGACGAAGGUAUCGCCGGCUUUCACCUCGACAAACGUGGUGUUGAUAUCACUCUUGACCUGGAAAUUGGUAAGGAUCGCAUGGAACAAAUUGUAUCUUUGCGCGACGUCAAGGUGCGCAUCCACCAUCUCAACUACACACUCAGCAAGUCCAAGUUUGCGUGCCUGGCCUGGAUCCUGAAGCCAUUCGUUCGACCCAUAGUUCGCAAGGCUCUUGAAAUCAAGAUUGCUGCAGCCAUUGCAGAGGGCUUGCAUUUCCUUAACAGAGAAAUGCUCUAUGCACGGGAACGCCUUCGAGCCACCCGCAUUGCGGACCCUAAGGACCUCUUGACAUUCAUUCGAGCUGUUGCAGCACGUCUUGUUCCAGCGCCUGAUCCUGAUAUCGACGCCCGUGUCGGUGUCAAGGCAGGUUCAGGCGUAUUCCAAGGACGCUACGCUCCUGGCAGUUUGGUCCAGCUGUGGGAGGCCGAAGGCAGGGAUGCAGAACAGAGGCUCUUCGAAUAUGAGCAGGGAGGAUGGAAGAAUGAUAUUUUUGACCUUAAAACAAGGCCUGCUUGA